AUGACCAUGAGCUCAGUGGCCGAGACCCUGCUGGGUUCCGACCCGUCCAAAGCCUCGUUCCUGGAGCUGGGUCCCCCCCAGCACUACCCCCAGCAUUACCCCCAGCACGACCCCCCGCCCUUCCCCUCCUUCUGCCGCCCCGGCCCCUUCCCCUACCCCGCCGGGGCCCCCCCGCCGCCCCACGGGGGUCCCUACCUGCCCUACCCGCCCCCCGGCGCCCCCCACGUCCCGGGCCCCGGGACCAGGCUGCAGGACACAGAGCCCCAGAAGCCCCCGGCCGCGCCCGGCGCGGACCCGCGGCUCUCCGGCAAAGCCAAGAAGCUGCGCAAGCCCCGCACCAUCUACUCCAGCCUGCAGCUCCAGGCUCUGAACCAGCGCUUCCAGCACACCCAGUACCUGGCGCUGCCCGAGCGCGCCGAGCUGGCGGCGCAGCUGGGGCUCACCCAGACCCAGGUGAAGAUCUGGUUCCAGAACAAGCGCUCCAAGUACAAGAAGAUCAUGAAGCAGGGCCCGGGUGUCCCCGAGGGGGAGCAGCCCCCGCACGGAGCCCCCGCCCUGUCCCCCUGCUCGCCCCCCGGCCUGGCCCCGCUCUGGGACCUCCCCGGGCCCGGCAAGGGACCCCCGCUGCCCCCCGGCCCCUACAUCGACCCCUUGGGAGCCUGGUACCAGGCGCAGCCGCAGGACGCCGUGCCCGGGGCCCCCGUGAUGUGA